UGGAGGUGAACACAUCGUGUACAGUGAGGAGGGAGAUGGAAAUCUGUCUGACUUUUAUUCUUCUCUCAUCCACACUCACACUCACAGCAGCUGACAGUGUGAGGUUGGUGAAUGGUGGAAGUCGCUGUGCUGGGAGAGUGGAGGUUCUUCAGGAGAAACAGUGGGGAACAGUGUGUGGUCUUAACUGGGAUAUGGACGAUGCUGCAGUGGUGUGUAGAGAGCUGCGCUGUGGGGAGGCUAUAGAUGCACCUCAGUUCGGUCACUUUGGACCAGGAUCAGGACCAAUCUGGAUGGUUGGUGUGCGCUGUAGUGGAUCAGAGUCGACACUGAAGAGCUGUGAGUCAAAUGGUAGAGGGGAUGGCUGUGGUCAUGAUUUUGAUGCUGGAGUCACCUGCUCAGACACUCUGAGGUUGGUGAAUGGAGGAAGUCGCUGUGCUGGGAGAGUGGAGGUUCUUCAUGGUGGCCAAUGGGGAACAGUGUGUAAUAAUAGCUGGGAUAUGAGAGAAGCUGCAGUGGUGUGUAGAGAGCUGCAGUGUGGGGACCCUGUAGACAAGCAGUAUUUCACACAUUUUGGACCAGGUUCAGGACCAAUCUGGAUGGAUGAUGUAAGCUGUAAUGGAUCAGAGUCGACAUUGAAGAACUGUAGCUCAGCAGACUGGGGGAGAAAUGACUGUGAUCAUAGUGGUGAUGCUGGAGUCACCUGCUCAGACACUCUGAGGUUGGUGAAUGGAGGAAGUCGCUGUGCUGGGAGAGUAGAGGUUCUUCAUGGUGGACAGUGGGGAACAGUGUGUAAUAAUAGCUGGGAUAUGAGAGAAGCUGCAGUGGUGUGUAGAGAGCUGCAGUGUGGGGAGCCUGUAGACGUGCAGUAUUUAACACACUUUGGACCAGGUUCAGGACCAAUCUGGAUGGAUGAUGUGGGCUGUAAUGGAUCAGAGUCGACAUUGAAGAACUGUAGCUCAGCAGACUGGGGGAGAAAUGACUGUGAUCAUAGUGGUGAUGCUGGAGUCACCUGCGCAGGUAAAAUAUGCUCUGGGAGAGUGGAGGUGCUUCAUGGAGGUUCCUGGUCCACAGUGUGUGAUGCUGACUUUGACCAGCAGGAUGCAGAGAUUGUGUGUCGAGAGCUGGGCUGUGGGAUUCCUGUGAAGGUGCUGGGAUCAGCUGCUUUUGGCCGAGGGGAGGGUCUGGUUUGGACAGAGGAGCUUCUGUGUAGAGGAAAUGAAUCUCAGAUUUACUUCUGUCCAACAUCAUCUUCACUUAAACAAUCUCACUGCUCCCAUGACAACGAUGUGGGAUUGAUAUGUCAGACAGAGGCGCAGCUGGUGAAUGGACCGGACUCCUGUUCUGGUCGAGUGGAGCUCCAGUACCUCAGUGACUGGGGCACAGUUUGUGCUGUAAGCUGGAAUAUGAGAGCUGCAGAUGUUCUCUGUGCACAGCUGGAUUGUGGGAGUGCUGUGGCUGUGGUGCGGGUGGACUGGUUUGGGGAGGGGAGUGGCCACAUCUGGGCUGAUGUUUUUGAUUGUCAGGGGAAUGAGACACACCUAUCACAAUGUGGCAUCUCAUCAUGGAGUCGAGCUGCAUGCUCUCAUAAACACGAUGCUGGAGUCAUCUGUAAUGGUGUCAGGCUGGCUGGUUCUGGGGGAGACUGUGCAGGAAGACUGGAGGUUUUCCACAGUGGCUCGUGGGGGACAGUGUGCGAUGACUCGUGGGAUAUUGAGGAUGCGCAGGUGGUGUGCAGACAGCUGCAGUGUGGAGUGGCCCUCAGUACCCACAUACCAGCCUGGUUUGGUCCUGGAACUGGGUCCAUAUGGCUGAAUGAGGUGGAGUGUGAGGGGAACGAGAUGUCCCUGUGGAACUGCAGAUCUCAGCUGUGUGAAGGGGAAUGUGGACACCAGGAGGACGUAGGAGUUGUGUGUUCAGGUACAAUGCUGAGUGGAGGAAAGGGAAGCUGCUCUGGGAGGUUGGAGGUAUAUCAUAACGCUACGUGGGGCUCCGUUUGUGAUGAUCAGUGGAACAUCAGGAACGCUCAGGUGGUGUGCAGACAGCUGGGCUGUGGCUCGGCGCUGAGUGCUGAUAGGAAUGUUACCUUUGGUCCUGGUGAAGGGACUAUCUGGCUGAACAGAGUGAAGUGUCGAGGGGAUGAGAUUCACCUGUGGGACUGUCAUCAUUCCCUGAAGAAACACACUGACUGCUCUCAUGCUCGAGUCACCUGUGCAGACAGUGUGAGGUUGGUGAAUGGUGGAAGUCGCUGUGCUGGGAGAGUGGAGGUUCUUCAGGGGGAACAGUGGGGAACAGUGUGUGAUUAUGGAUGGGAUAUGAACGAUGCUGCAGUGGUGUGUAGAGAGCUGCACUGUGGGGAGGCUGUAAAUGCACCUGUCAGUGCUCACUUUGGACAAGGAUCAGGACCAAUCUGGAUGUAUUAUGUGAGCUGUAGAGGAUCAGAGUCGACACUGAAGAGCUGUAGCUCAGCAGGUAGAGGGGAACGUUAUGGCUGUGAUCAUGGUCGUGAUGCUGGAGUCACCUGCUCAGGUAAAAAUGUGAGACUCAGUGCUGGUCCUCAUCAGUGCUCUGGGAGAGUGGAGGUGCUUCAUGGAGGUUCCUGGUCCACAGUGUGUGAUGCUGACUUUGACCAGCAGGAUGCAGAGGUUGUGUGUCGAGAGCUGGGCUGUGGGAUUCCUGUGAAGGUGCUGGGAUCAGCUGCUUUUGGCCGAGGGGAGGGUCAGGUGUGGACAGAGAAGCUUCGGUGUAUAGGAAAUGAAUCUGACAUUACCUUCUGUCCAACAAUAUCUUCACCAAAACCCUCACCCUGCUCCCAUGACAACGAUGUGGGAUUAAUAUGUUCUGGUCACACAGAGGCGCGGUUGGUGAACGGUUCUGACUACUGUUCUGGUCGAGUGGAGCUCCAGUACCUCAGUGACUGGGGCACAGUUUGUGCUGUAAGCUGGGAUAUGAGAGCUGCAGAUGUUCUCUGUGCACAGCUGCAUUGUGGGAGUGCUGUGGCUGUGGUAGACUGGUAUGGGGAGGGGAGUGGCCACAUCUGGGCUGAUGUGUUUGAUUGUCAGGGGAAUGAGACACACCUUUCACAAUGUGACAUCUCAUCAUGGAGUCGAGCUGUAUGUUCUCAUAAACACGAUGCUGGAGUCAUCUGUAAUGGAUCAUCCAUGGCGUUUCAUGAGGGGCGAGUGCGGUUGUCUGGAGGGAGCGAGUGUCAGGGGGAGGUGGAGAUUUAUUUCAGGCAGGACUGGAGGAGAGUUCUCCUGGACUUGUGGAGUCUGUCUGAGGCGUCUGUGCUCUGCAGACAGCUGGGCUGUGGCUCUGUGCUGAACUACCGCUCCUCUCCAUCCACCACUGAACACAAACACAUGUGUGUAACGGGUUUCAGCUGCUCUGGGAGUGAAGCUCAUCUGGGGAACUGCAGCAGUGCACAACCUGUCAACUGCAGCUCUGGGGAACAGCUGUACAUCACCUGCUCAGGUAUCUUGAACCGUGCCAUCAGCUCCAUCAGGCUGGUUGGUUCUGGGGGAGACUGUGCAGGAAGGCUGGAGGUUUUCCACAGCGGCUCGUGGGGGACAGUGUGUGAUGACUCGUGGGAUAUUGAGGAUGCGCAGGUGGUGUGCAGACAGCUGCAGUGUGGAGUGGCCCUCAGUACCCACAUACCAGCCUGGUUUGGUCCUGGAACUGGGUCCAUAUGGCUGAAUGAGGUGGAGUGUGAGGGGAACGAGAUGUCCCUGUGGAACUGCAGGUCUCAGCUGUGUGAAGAGGGGGAAUGUGGACACCAGGAGGACGUAGGAGUCGUGUGCUCAGAGUUUAAAGAGAUACGACUCACAGAGGGCUGUAAGGGGAAUCUGGAAGUGUUCUACAAUGGAACCUGGGGUAAUGUGUGUCACAAUCAGAUGGAUGAUGAGACAGUAAACAUGGUGUGUCGAGAGCUGAACUGUGGAAGACAUGGCAGUGUGUCAAACACUGAAGCAAGAGUCAAAUCUGCUCCUAACUGGCUGGAUUAUCUGAAGUGUAGGAAACACGACUCUAAUCUGUGGCAGUGUCCAUCUUCACCCUGGGGACAGAACACAUGUGAUAAUAGUGAUGAAGUGGCUCAUAUUACCUGCACAGGUGGGUGGAAUGAUAAAAAGUCUCUACAUACACAAGAAAAGUGCUCUUCACUUCCCUCUCAGAAACACUGCUCAAAGCACUGGUCUCUCAGGCUGAGUGGAGGAAAGGGAAGCUGCUCUGGGAGGUAGGAGGUGUAUCAUAACGCUACGUGGGGCUCCGUUUGUGAUGAUCAGUGGAACAUCAGGAACGCUCAGGUGGUGUGCAGACAGCUGGGCUGUGGCUCGGCGCUGAGUGCUGAUAGGAAUGUUAGCUUUGGUCCUGGUGAAGGGACUAUCUGGCUGAACAGAGUGAAGUGUCGAGGGGAUGAGAUUCACCUGUGGGACUGUCAUCAUUCCCUGAAGAAACACACUGACUGCUCUCAUGCUGAAGUCACCUGUGCAGACAUAUCCACAGUGUCCACUACUACACCCACCACCACCAGAAGAGGCGCUCCAAAUACCCCACCCACCCCUCCACUGGUUCUCUUUGUGUUAGGAACGCUGCUCUUCCUGGCCUUAGUGCUUCUGGUGGUACUGUUUUACCAGAACAGAGUGCUCAGGAGAGUUGUCUCUAAGACGAGGCGUAAGACUCAGCCUGAGGCAGUCUAUGAGGAGAUCAACCACAGAUACAUCACUAGAAGAAUCACGAGCUCCACUCAAAGAGGAAGUCUCCUCUCUGAAGAACAGCAUUCUGGGUAUGAGCAUGUGGAUGAUGAGCUUCUCUCAGUAAAGUCUGGGAUUGGAGAAAAGGCUGAGUAUUAUGAUGAUGUCAUCGACACCAGUGACUUCAUAAGUGAUACAGGAAGAGUUGAGCCACCAGAGGACUACGAUGAUGCCGUCACUGCUGGACCCAUCGCUGAUAACGUGGAGGAGGAUGAAGCUGAGAAUUAUGAUGAGGCCAUUACAGCUGAUCAGAAGUCAGUUAUACUGACAGAGGACGUGUCCGAGAACUAUGAUGAUGCAGUUACGGCUGAAACAAACACAAACAUCACCACAGACAAUCCAGAAGAUUAUGAUGAUGUCAUCACUGAGGAACAGGAUGGAGGAGAGACAGAAGAAUAUGAUGAGGUGGAGGAGAAAUCUCAGAAAGACAGGGACCAUGUGACUGAGACACGCCCCCAAAGGCCUUUUCUCAGGAAAUUACAUUUCAACUUUUAUAAACACAAACAAUGAUUUGAUUCUACUUCCAAUAAUUUCAUGCAUUCUGAACCAUGUUCAUUUUCUCACCUUGUUAUUAGCAAAUAGAUUAGGGAGAGUUAAAUCAGCUCCAUUAUUACUGAACCAAAUGUUUCCAGCUUUCCUUUUACAACACAUUUCUGACAAUUCAUCUGAAUAUCUUGUCUUUGUAAACAAUAUGCAAGCAAUAUAUACGUCUAGGUUUCAUGCUGUGUGUUUAACUAUAAAACAUAUCAUUGAAAUGAAUGUUUUGUUGCAGUCUCUAUUAGGGAGCUGUGUAUGUUGGAAGUUUCAUUACGGAUUCUCAGAUUUUCAUGUGAAAUUCUCAGGUUUCCUUCAAACUCUCCAAUUUCUUUCCUUAUUCUCAGGAUUUUGUUUAAUAAUCUAAUAUUUCUUUAAUAUUCUCAGAUGUUUGUUUUGUGAUCUCAGGUUUUAUUCAAUAUUCUCACUUUUUAAUGAGUGACGACUCGU